AAUAAAACCAGAUUUCUUGCAACUUGUUUGACAAAUGAGCAUAGCUCAAAAUGAAAACAAUGCUGUCCUACCUUUUACUAAUUUCUAUUCCAGUAUUAAUAUCUUCUGAAUUCAUUUUAACAGAAUCAGAUUACUAUGAGGAUGAUAAUGUGAAAAUUUGGCCAGAUUUUCUGCUACAAAGAACGCUGAAGAAGAGAAGUACCAACAACGAUGGCACCAAACCUCUGAGGGAGCUUGAAAUCUACAGCAUGAAGAUUGAUUCCAAAGUAACAUCACGAUUUGCUCACAAUGUGAUAAUUAGCCGAGUGGUAAAUCGAGCUAAUGCAUCGAGGGAAGCCUUCUUUGAGAUAGAGCUACCCAAAACUGCCUUCAUCACCAACUUCAGCAUGACUCUGGAUGGAGUGACGUAUGUGGGAGCUGUAAAAGAGAAAGAAGUUGCCCAGAAACAGUACCAACAGGCAGUUUCACGAGGACAGACUGCAGGGAUUGUAAAGGCAUCUGGAAGAAAAAUGGAAAAGUUUAAAGUUUCGGUAAAUAUUGGACCAACCAAAAAAGUCACAUUUGAACUAACUUAUGAAGAAUUAUUAAAACGUAACCUGGGGAAAUAUGAAAUGAGCAUCCGAGUGAAACCCAAGCAGCUUGUCCAUCACUUCCAGAUUGAUGUACGUAUUUUUGAACCACAAGGCAUUUCCUUUCUGGAUGUUGAUUCCAGUUUCCUAAUAAAUAAUAUGAGUUCUCUUGUGAAAAAGACUCUGAGCAGAACAAAGGCACAUGUUUCCUUCAAACCAACACUUGAGCAACAGCGCAAGUGUCCUGAUUGUCAUGAUACAGUUCUGGAUGGAGACUUCAUUAUAUUUUAUGAUGUCAACAGAGAUCUGUCUGCUGGCAGUAUUCAGAUUGUAAAUGGAUAUUUUGUACACCAUUUUGCGCCUGCUAACUUAACCAGGAUUCCAAAAAAUGUUAUAUUUGUGAUAGACCACAGCGGAUCUAUGUCAGGGACUAAAAUGCAACAGACAAAUAAAGCUCUUAUAAAAAUUUUGAGUGAUAUGGAUACAGAGGAUCAUUUUGCCAUCAUUAUCUUUGAUCAUUCAUUUUCAACAUGGAAAAGUACCAUAUUUCAAGCAACUCCAGCGAACAUCAGCGCAGCUAAAGACUAUGUAAAAACUAUUAGAGCUGAGGGAGCAACAAAUAUAAAUGAUCCCAUGCUGGAAGCAGUGAGACUUCUAAACAAGGCCUAUCAAAAAAAGCAACUGCUUGAAAGAAGCGUCUCCAUGAUUAUUUUAUUAACUGAUGGUGAUCCAAAUUCUGGAGAGUCAAACCCAACAAAAAUUCAGGAAAAUGUUAAAGCUGCCACAAAUGAUAAGUACAAUGUAUAUGCCCUUGGGUUUGGUUAUGAUGUCAAAUUCAGCUUUCUGGAGAAAUUGGCACUGGAUAAUAACGGAAUAGCACGGCGGAUUUAUGAGGAUUCAGAUGCUCCCCUACAGCUCCAGGGAUUUUAUGAUGAAGUGGCAAACCCCUUGCUUUUGGAUAUUGAAUUGCAAUACCCAGAGAAUGCCAUUUCAGAUUUAACUAAAACCAAUUUUAGACAAUAUUACGAUGGGUCAGAAAUUAUUGUGGCUGGUAGGAUUUCAGACAAUAACCUACAAAUACUGACAGCAGAGGUCAAUGCUAACACAGCAGAUGAAAGCCUGACUUUCAAAGCUGACGUGAAUAUACCAGAGGCUGAGAAUAUUAUUAAACAACAGCAAUACAUUUUUGGUGACUUUACUGAGCGAUUAUGGGCUUAUUUGACCAUACAACAACUCUUAGAGCAGCGGGUUUCUGCAAGUACAGAUGAAAAGAAAAUUCUAACAGACAGAGUUCUGGAACUUUCACUGAAGUACAGCUUUGUUACACCACUAACAUCAAUGGUUGUUACAAAACCAGAGGAAACCAAGAAUGAGACCUUCGUGGCUGACAAACCAUUGGAAGAUGAGAGACCCCCAGCACAAAGAUAUUACGCUCCUCCGCUAUAUGCACCAGUUCCCGCCUACGCAUAUGUUGACAGUGAUCCUCAUUUUAUCAUUUCAACCAACAACCACAAUGAUGCCGUUUGUUUCAACAUUGAUGGGAAGCCUGGUACAGUUCUAAAUCUGAUCUCAGAUCCAGAUACAGGUUUUGUGGUAAAUGGCCAGUUGAUAGGGGAUAAGAAAAUAGAAAACAACAAAAAAAUAAAUACCUACUUUGGAAAAUUUGGAAUUAUGAACAACAACAUGGAUGUAAAAUUUGAAGUAUCGACUGAAGCAAUCACAGUGUUUCAUGGAGAAGACAAAAUGAUUUUCCCAUGGUCAGCAACAGCAUCUUUAACAAAACAGAGCUUCUCAAUCUCAAUUGUGAAAGAAAAAAAUGUCACAGUGGACAAUCGGAGAUGAUGUACAUUUGUUAUUUACUGCAUCGUGUCUGGAAAUAUCAUCCUCUACACAGAGACUUUAUGGGAAUUUAUACACUUGAGAGCC